AACUAACAAUCGUGGCAGUGAUUUUCUAAAGUAUAACUGUUGAAAACGUUGUGUCUCGGGGAACUAUUUUGUGCCGCGGAGCACCAUUGUGGCUGAGCCUACCCCUUUUCUUAUUGGAAGCCAUGAUGGAAGUUUAGCAGCGCAGGAGCCACUGAGAGGAAAAGCGGGGACGAGAGCUGGAGUCUAACGCAAACAGCUCCUUCUUUACAAAUAUAACCGAGGAGGGUUUUUUUUUUUUAAUCGUAUGGUGGAGGCUGUCAAAUUUCUCUUUAUGUAUUGGAAUACUGACGACGACGUGGAUGGUUGAAUUUUGACGCGUUUUUAUGUAUUUUUAAGAUGUACGUACCUGCUAACUCGCUAGCUAGCCAGCUAGCCGCUCGUUAGAGCCCCACGGAGCCGCCUGCCUGCUGCCUGCUGCCGCCUGCCGCCUCCUCCUGCGCCGCCGCCGCCGCCGCUGCCGCUGCUGCUGCUGCUGCUGCUGCUCAUAUUCUGCUUUAGAAACGUCGGAGAGGAUUUUCUCUCCGCAUUUCGGGCACAAUCACGGCGACUGCGGCGGAUUCAGAGACUUGGCGUGCUUCGGAAACAUCUCUCUGUGAGACGUGGAGACGCGUGUACCUUCGUAGCCGGAGGAUUUCUGGCCGUGUCGGUGUGGAUUUGGGCGGCCGGGCCUGCUCGAGGCCCUCCUUCUGUAGGAGCGAGCAGCAGCAGCAGCAGCAGCCAGCACACGGCCGCUAGCUAGCAGGUGAAGCUAACGCUAACGCUAAAGCUAGCGCAUCCGAAAGGACUGCGUUACAAAAAAAAAAGCCCGAAGAGGAAAAAAAGCCUUAACGACGGCAUUUCACCCGGAGGCCACGAUACUCUCGAUUACUUUAAAAACCCUAAAGACUCCUUUCACAGCUAUGGCUACGAUCAUACAGAAGAUGGUCAGCCGAAACAAAAGGAGAUACCAGGAGGAUGGGUUUGAUUUGGACUUGACGUAUAUUUAUCCCAACAUAAUUGCUAUGGGCUUUCCUGCUGAGAGACUCGAGGGGGUGUACAGAAACAACAUAGACGACGUCGUACGGUUUCUGGAUUCAAAGCAUAAAAAUCAUUACAAGAUAUAUAAUCUAUGUGCAGAGAGACAUUACGAUGCUGCCAAAUUUAAUUGCAGAGUUGCACAAUACCCGUUUGAAGAUCAUAAUCCUCCACAGUUGGAGCUCAUCAAACCAUUCUGUGAAGACUUGGAUAAGUGGCUCAGUGAAAAUGACAAUCAUGUGGCUGCCAUUCAUUGUAAAGCUGGAAAGGGCCGGACGGGUGUAAUGAUCUGCGCAUACUUAUUACACCGAGGCAAGUUUGGAAAAGCAAAAGAGGCUCUGGACUUCUAUGGAGAGGUCAGGACCAGAGACAAGAAGGGUGUGACGAUCCCCAGUCAGAGGCGAUAUGUCUACUACUACAGCUACCUUCUGAAGAACCAGCUUGACUACAAACCGGUGGCACUGCUCUUUCACAAGAUGAUGUUUGAGACGGUGCCCAUGUUCAGUGGCGGGACCUGCAAUCCACAGUUUGUGGUGUACCAGCUGAAGGUGAAGAUCCACACUUCUAACCCAGCACACAUGCGGCGUGAAGAAAAGUAUGUGCACUUUGAGUUUCCUCAGCCGCUGCCUGUGUGUGGCGACAUCAAAGUGGAAUUCUUCCACAAACAGAACAUGAUGAAGAAAAAGGACAAGAUGUUUCACUUUUGGGUGAACACUUUCUUCAUCCCUGGACCAGAGGAGAACUCAGAGAAGGUAGAAAACGGGAGUUUACCGAAGGACCUGGAUGGGAUCCAGAGCACAGAGAGGGGGGAGAAUGACAAGGAUUAUCUAAUCCUGGUUUUAACAAAGAAUGACCUGGAUAAGGCCAACAAAGACAAAGCCAACAGAUUAUUUUCCCCAAACUUCAAGGUGAAGCUAUAUUUCACAAAAACAGUGGAGGAACCAUCCAACUCAGAGGCCAGCACUUCAGCGUGUGUAACCCCGGAUGUUAGUGACAAUGAACCGGACCAUUAUCGAUAUUCUGACACAACGGACUCAGACCCAGAAAACGAACAGCUGGACGAUGAUCAACACACGCAGAUAACGAAAGUUUGAACUUAUUAUUUUGUUUAUGGGAAGACAAAAAAGAAUCUUUACAUAAACCAGAGUUGUAAAAAGGAGAAAACUUGAAUAUGAACUGAAAGCAAGUCCUUUUUUUCUUUUUGCCUCUCCGAAACAGAAGUACAUAAGUGGGACAUUUCUCAUGUAAGAUGCCUCCGUUUUAGGGACACUAUUCCUGACCAAUUAGCUUUUUUCGUUUGCCCAUUUUAUUGACAAAGUUGUUGACACCUCCAUAGCUGGGAGCGGGAGGGGAGGGGGUGAAGUGUGCUGCUGCAUCUCCUGUUCAUAACAAGGCCAGUGCUAAAGUCAGUAUCCAUCCCCUACGUGUGCCCUCCUCUAGUGCACGAUCGUCCAUCCAUCAGGCCUUCUGUUUUACCUACUGUGAAGCUUUUCGUGCUGUCCGCAGACUAACCCACCCCUUUAAAAAAAAAUAGUGCAGUGCAAACAUUCAUAGUCUGCUAGCAUCAAUGCCACUAACAUAGUAAUAAUGAUUCUUCUGCAUAUUAGACUAUAUGACCUUUUAACUGCCCCCUCCCUCUUACCCUUGUCUGUUAACCGCAAAUGCAGCAGAAAAACACCGUAACCCCAAUAUUCUGUCAGUGAUGUGAUGUUUUUAUGUUAAAUUUACCACAGCAGGGAAACCAGUGUUGCAAUAAUGUUGACACAAUAGUGGACAAAGGUUUGCAUGCUAAUUGAAUUAGUAUCCAUGUUGAUAAAUAAAUGUUAUACGAUUUUAUUUUUCUCCCUUCAUAUGCGACUUUUCUGCUGGCAUUAAGGUUUGGUUAUGUUUAGUUACAAGGUGAUGCCCCACGUCAUUCUCUCACCAGGUGUAUUAGUAUUAAUUGUUAAGCCAUCAGCGGCAUUAUAUUUUAUAUCACAUGGGUUUUUCCCUAUUAAAACUGCUAAUGUGUAAUUAAUCGGCUGGCAUCGAGCAGAUCUCUUCUGGGUUCUUGUUUUAAGCUCUUAAUGUCAGUCAGUCAGGCUGUUUACUGCGUCACUAAGUUAACAAUAUGAGACGGAACUUGUCUUGAGGUUUCUGCAUGGCCACAGUGGGUCGAAUCACAUGCUAGUCAAUGUGCUAAACACGCUUGAGCUUGUGUGCUUGACGGUUUGCGUGAGGGGCUUGUGUUCGUGGUCUGGCUGUGUGGAGAAUACCUGCUGAACGCUGUGUCUGAAAGAGACUUGAAUGUAAGCUUGUGUUCCCCUAAGUGCUAUAAGAAACCUCAUCCAGAGUUUGAUGCCAUAGUUUCAUUUUCUCCCCAUCUGUUUUUUUUUUUUUUUUUUCUUUUUCUUUUAGCCUUGAUUUUUUUUUUUGGUCAGACAUCAGAUUCUUGGCUCCUCAAACUGUUUGUAGCCUUAUUGUGUGGUCUAAUGAAACCUGGAUCAUUUGCUUAUUCAACAUUGGUGCUUACAAACUGCCAAACUACAAACUCACAAUGAACAAUAAUUUCGGAGCCAAGAAUGUGUGUCUGUGUAGGGGUGCUUCUGUCAGAUGUGCUACUUGUGUAUGUGCUCUGACUGUUAGACGUCUCCUGUCUGACUGGCUGGGUUCUCUACAUUUUUAAAGCCCCCCUUCUCCCUCCAUUCUUGAACAGGAUUCAUUCCUUUUGGAAUGAGGUGCAGCUACAGAUUUUACAUGUCCUGUGCUUGCUUCAGACAUAUUAAAGCCCUAUAAUAUAUAUAUAUAUAUAUAUAUAUAUAUAUAUAUAUAUAUAUAUAUAUAUAUAUAUAUAUAUAUAUAUAUAUAUAUAUAUAUAUAAAAUUACACACAUACAUACACACACAAGUAUUUAAAUAUGUAUAAUUUUCCUUUUUUUUUUUUUUCGGCAUGCCAAAUUUUUACCAUCUGUCUCACCGUGAGUCGUGAGCCAGAACAAAAAGAAAAUAGACUUUCAGUCUCUUGGGCAAGAAUCAUCGCUGAGGGGUGAGGGGUAGUGAGCAAGCUGCCUUUCUCCUGCUGUUGACGUCAUGGCUUCACUCUUCUCACCGAUUCUGCACACGUGCUGUACAAGUCGCUUUCUUUUAGAAAGAACACUCUCCAGAGGUUUGAGAACGAGGUUCUCUGUCUUCUGUAAUGCAGCUGUACAGUAGCCAACCCAGGAAAAAAAAAAAGACAUCCUUACACAUCAAGGGUUCAGUUUUUUUGUUUACAUUUUAUCACUGAAAACCUGCCAAAAUUAAGCUUGAUGAUUUUUUUUGUUUGUUUGUUUGUUUGUUUUCAUCCAAAGGCAGUAGGGAGGUAUUCUUUGCCUUACUUGAAGUUGACGAUGCUUACUUUCUGCUCUUGCUUUCUACCAUUCUGCCCAAGCACUGACUACAUAGUACUUAUUUAAAGCUACUAUAACAGAGCAACAUAUUGUGCUAAACUUUUGCACAGUUACAGGUUUUUGCAGGGUUUCAGUCAGCAGUCCACAGUAUUUUCCCCAACACACAAACACACACACAUACUUCAGUAGCCCCCCUCAGUAAAAGCCAUGCAAGCAGUGAAAUAUAUAGGAUGAAAGAUGGAAUGAAGUGUCUUAGUAUAAUCAUCCCCCAUAGAACCAUGUAGUACCUUUGACUGAACAUGAAAAAAGGAUUAUUUAUGACAGUAUUCACAAGACCCUCUGCAGGUAUUUUGAUUUCUGAAUAUAUGCUGUUUUAAAUAGGACAAAUCCGUUCAAGGGCAUCACAAGCUAGCAUCAGGUCACAAACCAUCCUUAGGACAUCAGUACAAACUCUACUACCCCAUCCCCAUGUUAACUCCAACACAUUCAGACAACUUAGCUUCAGUACUGUAAUUCAUCAAAUACAAACACCUCCUGAAACCAUCUGCAUCCUUUAUGUGGCACGGGUUUAAAAAAACAAAACAAAAAAAAAACUUGUGUGGAGCUCACAGGCAGCAUCAAAAAAUUUUACGUUUCAGCUUUAAUGAUUUAAAAAAAUAUAUAUAUUAAGGUGCCAGUGUGUAAGUUUCAUGUCAUUAGUUUUAGCUGAUUUGUGCAAUAUGCUAUGAUGCCUGUGGUUACCACAAAGUGCCUCGUUUACUUAAAUAAAAAGAAAAAAAAGUGCUUGUUUUAGACCCAGUUUUAGAACAUGGUGUCAUGCAUGUAGACGGACAGGAUGGUACUGUGCACUAACUCACCUGGGCUUUACACACUGCAGAGGACCCACGGAGCUUUGGCCCCUGCCACAUCCUCAUUUUCCCCUCUCCACUUCUCCUCUGGGUUCAGUUCCACUUAGGCGCAAUGUAAACUCGGUAUAUUUUCAGUCGUUUGAAGAAACAGAGCCUUAUUCCAUUUCAGCCUGUUCAGAUAAUUUUGUGAUGUGCAACAGUUGCUCUGUGUGUAAUGCUAUGCACUGAGAAUACACAACCAACAAUGUAUGAAAUAUUGUAUAGGUUAUGUACAGGUUAUGAUGCUCAUACAAAUCACUUGUUUGUUUGUAAUUGUAUGUGUAAACUCCCCUUUAUCUUAGUGUUAUAAACCCCACAUAAAUCCAAUAAAGUCUCAUUCUUGUCAA